CUUAUGAUUUGGCAAAAGUUCUUUCAAUGGCUAAUCAGAAUGAAGAAGUUUUGUUGAAUAAUGAAAAUAAUGAUUUUUUUGACUAUUUUAAUAAUUCGAUCCAAAGUAAUAAAAUAUCAGAUUCAUAUGCAAUUGCUAUAGUAGCAAACACUGUAGCUGAUUUUAAUACUAUAGAGAUCUGUGAUGAUAAUUUUGAAAAUGAUUUAAAAGAUGCACAUUUUGAGUUAACUUUUUUAUUGUCAGAUGCAAAUUUUUUAAACAAUUAUGAUUUAGAAACAUGUAAAAACUUUUAUACUGGCAUUACCGAAGGAACUUUAGAUAUUUCUUACUUAGUUAACUUACGAAAAAAUCAUAAAUGUUAUAGCAACCAGGAUAUGAAGUGA